GCUUCCCCUUCCCGUCCUCGUCCUCAGGGCCCUCAGUGCAGCCAUUUGCCGCAGCUGGCUACGCCCGCCUCUCACCCCAAACAGCCUCCCACUCGCCCGUUUCCUCCCGCAGACACUCGGCACGCACUUCCUCGCCGCAGGGCGCUCUCCGGGACCUGCCCUUCCAGGCGGAGGCCGUCCUGCAGCGGAGCCUCCACCUCCUCCACCUCGUGGCGGCCCGUGUGGUGAGCCCUGGGCAGUCUUUCCAGCCCCCACGCCACAGGGGAAGAGCACGGCAGCCUCCUGGCCUCUGCUCCCCAAGAAGACAGCACUCGGGGCUCCCCGCUCUUGCUCGUACCCACGCCCUCACCGGGAUGGGCUUCACGGCAGCGGCCUUCAGCACAGGCCUGGCCCUGCUCCAGGUGCAGGAAGCGGGAUAAGGCAGGGCCGCCAGGUGGGCUCACCGGGACCUGUCCUAUGGGUCUCUCCCGACACCUGACACUCCUGUGCCCUCGGCUGGAGCCGCCACGCUGCCUUGGAGAAUGAGUGGCGAUGUUCUCUAGCCGUCCCGGCAGGUCUCGGCUCCCCUGAGGCACAGCAGCUGGCCGGGGCCCAGGUCUUCACGUCCGCGAGCAGUGUGCGGUCAGCUAUGGCCGUCCAGAAACUGGUGGCCACAGCCGUGCUGGCGGCCCUCGUCUCUCUUGUCCUCAACAACGUGGCGGCCUUCACCCCCAACUGGGUGUGCCAGACGCUGGAGGAUGGCCGCAGACGCAGCGUGGGGCUGUGGAGGUCUUGCUGGCUGGCAGGCAGGGCCCGAGGUGGCCUGAGCACCGUGGCUGGAGCAGGGCUGGCCAGCCCGCGGGACUGUGAGGCGCUGGGCUGGGGCUCUGAGUCACCCGGCUUCCAGGAGUCUCGAGGCACCGUCAAACUGCAGUUCGACAUGAUGCGCGCCUGCAACCUGGCAGCCUCGGCAGCCCUCGCCGUGGGCCAGCUCACCUUCGUUCUGGGGCUGGCCGGCCUGCCCCCGGCGUCGCCCGACUCCCAGUGCUGGGAGGAGGCCAUGGCCGCUGCGUUCCAGCUGGCGAGUUUUGUGCUGGUCAUCGGGCUGGUGACCUUCUACAGGGUCGGCCCGCACACCAGCCUGUCCUGGUCCUGCUACCUGAACAUCGGUGCCUGCCUCCCGGCCGCACUGGCGGCCGCCAUGCUCAGCUGGAACGUCCUCCACAGAAGGGAGGACUGCGCGGCACCCCGUGUCAUCCUCAUCAGCCGCUCCCUGGCGGCGCGGUUCCGCCGGGGACCGGACAACGACUACGUGGAGUCCCCGUGCUGAGGGCCCUCCUGGGGCCUGACUGGGGGUCUGGAGACGGGGAAGCCGCACUCCUCCUGCGGGGUGCGGGCAGGGGUGGCCAUGCCGGCCCACACUCGGCCACUUGCUACGCUGUAAAUGCCUGCCACGCGUCCACACCACGUGCCCUCAGUCUAACAGUCCUGGUCGGCACCACACAGCUCCCAGGCAGGCCGCACUGGGGCGGAGGCCGCGAGGCUCGGUGGGGACAUGUCGAGGCACAUCUGCUCUGGGGCAGCCCGAGCAAGCGUCGCGCUGGGAGACAGAUGCUAAGGGGACCUCGGAAUAAUGCAACGUCCCUGGGGCCAGGCCGAUCUCUGGCCGUGGGGCAGGGUCGUGUCCGCAGUGCAGGCUCUGCCCCGAGUACUUAUCUAAGUUAAAAUAAACGCGAGCACUAACUGCGGAUGUUGUGUUUUCUCCAUCUUUCCUGCCGCGGGGGUGAAAAGACACAGAGCCCCAGGCCACGUGCUCCAGGUGGCCUCUGCAGACCACGGUCGUGGGCUGGUCGUCAACAGCCAGUGGGGCAGAGGCAUGACAUCGGUUGGCUUUAAGAAAACCCCUAAGAGACUGGUUCACUGCUCGCUGUUUUUUCCAAGAAUCAUCUCCACCCUCUCUUCCCCAAGGGCUGGCGGGGCUCCCGGAUGUCUGCAUGGUGCCCGCCGUGUGCCCUGACCUGCAGCUCCCAGGGCUGUGCUCCACAAGGCCUGGCCCCGUGGCACUGGGAGAUGGAGCUCCCUGGCACCACCUGCUGGAAGGAGCCUGACACUGCAGGGGGAGCCCUGGGCCUCAGACUGUCCUCCAAGUGUCUCCCAGGCUGCUUUCUGCCCCCCAGCAAGGGACGGGAUGGGUCUGGAGUUUGAGGCCCGGAUUGCUCAGAGAAUCUGUCUUUGGAGCUGGCACUUUAAAAACCUAACGCACAGAGUGACUGCCAAGACCGGAAGGCGUGUGUGGCGGGCUAUGUGUCACGCAGCCGGGUGCAAAGCAGACCGUGGUUCACAUGCAGCACACCGCCAACGGCCGUGGGCCACGUCGUCCCAUAAAGGGCCAGUACUUCCAACCAUAUGCUAAAAAUGGCUGCUCUUCAAAAGCAUGAUGGAGGGCCAAGGUUGUGGAUCCCACAGAGCGGACACACUUGAAUCCUGGAUCCGGCAGCCUGGAAAACACGCCAGGCACACAUGUGUGUGCCCCACACCCUGACAGGAUGACGGAGAAGGGACUGUGGCAUGGCCACCCCCUCGGGGUGGGGGUUCCUUUGCCGCCUGUCUCUGGCAGGUCAUGCCCUAUAGAGAACCCUAAAACAGAGAAGACAAGGAACGGAGGCCGGCCCGU